ACGUUCAAUCGUAUGAAUCACUAUUUUUGUCUUGAUUCCUUGACAAAAUUUCAUUUAUAUUUGGUAAGAAAGAUAAGGAUAGUCAUUUCCAUUGCAAAAUAUUAAUCAUUGGUUGUCUUUUCUUAUCUAUAAAUGGAAUUCAGAAAAUGAAACAUUAAUUGUUCGUCAUAGCGCACAGUUACAUUUUAUUAUUGUCGAUGCGGACGUUUAUUAAUAUAGUACUACUAAUUUUAACUGACUCAAUUGUGUUUUCUUCAUCUGACAAUAUGAGUGAUAAAGUUGUGACUUCGGCUAUCGCGCAAUUCUCGGCAAGGUUUUGCAAUGAACUUGACAAAAGUACAAGUGUGGUUUCCUCUCCAUUGUCAGCUGAAUUUGUGUUAGCUCUUCUUGCUUUGGGCACAACAGAUCCUGCCCAUGAAGAAUUGUUAACAUCCCUUGGGAUCACCAAUGAUGAUGCUGUACGUUCCUCAUUUUCAGCAGUAUCAUCAAAUUUGAGAUCGGUCAAAGGUGUGACAUUAAAUGUAGCUAAUAAAGUGUACUUAAUGGAUGGAAAUUAUGAUCUAAAUGAACAACUAAAAGAAGAUGCGGUUAAAGUGUUUGAUGCCUCCUUUGAAAAGGUUGACUUCAGUAAUGGUGCUGCUGCUGCGGAACUCAUCAAUAAAUGGGUUGAGAGCAAAACAAAUGAGAAAAUAAAAGAUCUUAUUUCAAGUGACAGCUUGAACAGUGACAGCCGACUUGUGCUGGUUAAUGCUCUAUAUUUUAAGGGUACAUGGAAGAAACAGUUUGAUCCCGCAAAUACAUUGGACCAACCAUUCAACGUAGACACGGAGAAAACUGUGAUGGUGCAAAUGAUGUACUUGGAAGAUAACUUCAUAUAUGGAGAGAGCCAAGAAUUAGGAGCACAGUUAUUGAGAAUGCAUUACGUAGGUGAGAACGCGAGCAUGUUGAUCGUAUUGCCGAACGAGAUAAACGGACUGGACGGUGUGCUGAAGAAACUUGCCGACGGCUACGACUUGAUGGCGGAAGUUGAUAAUAUGUUCAACACUAAAGUGCAAGUCACCAUACCCAAGUUCAAGAUCGAAACUGAAAUCGAUCUGUGCGAUUUACUGCCAAAGCUUGGAAUUAAAGCCAUCUUCGACAGUAACAAUUCAGGACUUACUAAACUGUUGAAUACAGAUGAAAAGUUAUACGUAUCAAAAGCAGUGCAGAAAGCUUUCAUAGAGGUGAAUGAAGAGGGCGCUGAAGCUGCAGCUGCAACUGCGAUAAAAGUGCGCAACAAGAGGUCGCUGUCGUCGCCGCGCGUGUUCCGAGCAUCACACCGCGCCCUCUGGUGCGUGCUGGUGGCGGACCGGAUCACCUUCAUGGCGGCGUACCGACCGCGCGUACCCACACUACGUACCGACUUGUAGAAAAACUAACGCAAGCAGUAGUUAACACUGUCGGUUCAGUUUUUUUUUUUAGUAUUAUCUAGAUUAGAUUAGAUUGGGUUGUAACGUGUGUUCUUUUGUAUGUUUCGUGUUGAUUUUUAUGUAUAUUUGGUAUAUUUUCCCAUCGUUAAUUUUGGUCGUUAAAGUCUUUGCGAUUUUUGUAUUUAUAUAUAGAAGGGUGAUUGUGUACUACUGCUUGCAUGGGU